CCAUACAAAGUUAAAGCUGUGAAGAACAAGAGAUUAUGUACUCUUACCUUUACAAAAGCAAUAUACUAGAAACUUUAAUAUAUAUGCAAACUCAAUUUAUGUUGCUUGCUAAGUUAGGAAAGAAUAUGAGCGGUAGCUAGCUAGUAGUAUAUAUAUACACCUAAAUAUGUAUAUGCAUGCCAACAACUUAUUAAGAAGUUUUACUAUUUCAGCUCUAAUUCACAAAUACUUUUCAGCAUUAAUAAUUCCUCUUGAAUGGCAUCGACUCCACCACCCUCAGGGGCAACUACUCCUCAGCCACAGCAGCCGCCGCCUCCACCACAAGGAGAAAAGGCUCCACAGCCACAACCACCAUUGCAACCAUUGGGGGUAUCCCCACCUGUGCAGGUUACGGCUCCACAACCACAACCACAGCCGCCUCAACCUCCAUCUCCACCCGUAGAGGCAACGACCCCACAGCCGCAGCCGCAGCCACAGCAGCAGGCUCCACAACCACAACCAGAACCGGUUGCAGCUCCACAACCACAGCUGCCUCAACCGCCUUCUCCACCCGUAGAGGCAACGGCUCCACAGCCGCAGCAGCAACCACAGCCAAAGCAGCAGGCUCCUCAACCACCCUCAACGCCCGUAGAAGCAACUCCGCAGUUGCCUCUCCCAGAAGGACCAAUGGCUCCCCAACCACAGCUGCAGCCACCACCAUCAGCUGACCAUAUUUUGGAGUCGCAACCUCCACCAAUGGAGGCAGUAACUCCGCAGUUGUCUCUCCCAGAAGGACAACCGGCUCCCCAACCACAGCUGCAGCCACCAACAUCAGCUGACCAUGUUUUGGAGUCGCAACCUCAACCAAUGGAGGCAGCAACUCCGCAGUUGCAGCCCACACCAGCUGCUGAAACAGCUCCAGAAUCACAGCCCCAACAGCCUCAAUCAGAAAGACCAACUGCUUCAGACACAAAAUUGGCUCUGGCUCCUUUGGAGGAAUCAUCAGCUUCCCAAAAGCCGCCAUCACCUGGAGCAACGGCUUCACAGCCAGAACCACUAAAAGAAGAAACAGUGCCUCCAAAACCACAGCCACAUGAAACACCAACAGAAUCAGCUGGAGCUACGACUCCAACACCAGCAGAACAAGCUGGAUGGACGACUCCAGCACCAACAGAGCCGGCUGGAGCAUCAACUCCAACACCUCAGUCGCAGCAAACACCGCCCGCCACAGGAGCAGCGGCUUCAAAACUACAGCCAUCAACAGAAGUAAAGGCUCCAGAGCCGCCACAAAAGCCAGAAGAAAAGGCUCCAGAGACGACGGAGAUAGAUCCUCAGCUUGGCCCAUGUCCUACAAAAAGCUCAGUGGAGGAAGUUGUAGAAAAAUGGAUUAAAGACGAAUCUGGACAUGCCUAUUUUACUAUUUCCGGAGAAGCUGGAGUUGGAAAAACACAUGUGGCUAGAAAGAUAUUCAACAAUGAAAGAAGAAACAUACUGAUGAAACCUAAUGAUGAUCAUAACUCCUUCGCUGUCACUCUUUGGCUAUCUCUCAACAAAAGAUAUGAUCAUCAUCAACAGGAGCAGGAGCGAUCCCUUAUAGAAGACCUCGCACGACAAUUGUCUGUUCUUGACCCUAUCGAAGGAGGUUUCGAAGGAGAUUAUAAUGACAGUAAUGGCGUCAACAACGACUCUAUAGAAGAUGGAAAGAAAAAGACGAAGGAGUCUUAUGAGGAUAAAUUAAAAACAAACAUAAAGAAGAAGAUAGAAGAAAUAGUAUCAAAACAUACAAAAGAUAAAGAGAAACAUAAAUCUGUUGUUCUUUUGGUUCUUGAUGGUGUUGAUGAUGCGAGCAUAGCCAUUAGAGAAAAUGUCAUUUCUCAUUGUAAGGAUGAGAAAGGUGAUCAUUUGAAGGUUUUGAUGACUACCUGUGCUACUAAUACUACUUCAACACAGAGUUCAGAUGAAAUUCCUCUUUUGAAGCAUGACGAGUUUUUGAAGUUAAUGUUGGAGCAAUUUAGAGCUUCUCAAAAAAUAGAUUCGGAUGAGGAUAAGGAAAAUGAAAAGGAAAAAAUUGAGAAGCUGUUUAAAGAUGGCAUUUUUAAAGAUGUUGAACUUCAGAUUCCUGCUGCAAUGGCUGUUCUUGUUGGUAAAGCAUUCAAUUCCUACAAGGUUGGAAAAGAUGGUGCCACCUAUGAGUCAUUGUUGGUCAAUAUUUUGAAAAAAAUAUGUGAUCAACAUCUUGAAUUAAAUAGUGCAGAGAAGAUAAUGAGGACAUUGGCUUGUUUUGUUUAUGAGAUGUUGCCGAGUGAUGAUAAUGCCUUGAUCAACUGUUGUUGGCAUAGCAAGAAGUUCUUCUCCAGCAUUAAAAAUCAAUGUGUCCACUACAACGAGUUGAUAGCUCAUUGGAUCUUGGAGGGUUAUUUAGAGUCAUCUAACUCUAUUGAAAAGGCUUAUGAAGAUGGGUACCGCAUUUUGAAUGAACUCCGAGACCGAAAAAUUCUCAAAAGAGAAGAUUAUGAGUUUGUCAAAAUGGAAAAAGUGGUGCUUGAAGUUCCUGAUGUUCGAUACAAGAAGUUCGAUGAGAAAACUCCUGAUCUACGAUAUAACAGGGGAUUCGAUGACUCUGCAAUGUUGGGCUUACCGGAAGUGUUGGCACUUGAAAGAGAUGGUGAAGAAUGGAAAGGUGGUUUCGGGAGGAUAUCAGUUGCAGAUGGCAUGAUCAGAACAAUUUGUAAACAUAACAAGUGGAGAGAACAGGUCUCUACAUUGUUUAUGCAUGGAAAUCGUCUUUGUAGAGAUGUUCCAAAGACAUUUUUUAAGCCAAUGAGUGAAUUGGAAACACUUGUUUUGAUCAAUCCGAGGUCGAAGGAUUUGAUGUUUCUUUCAAGUUCUUCUCACCCAAAGCUUCGAGUUCUGGUGGUCAGGGGUUGUGACGUAUUGGAGAAUAUUGAUUCAAUUAGUGGAAUGAAUUUAACAGUUUUGGAGAUUUCUGGCGCCAAAUCAUUGAAGAGUCUCCCAGAUAAUCUAUUUGACAACAUGCCUAAUCUUCGCAGCCUUAACCUUUCCGAAGUCCAAGUCGAGCAUCUGCCCAAGUCUUUUGACAAGUUGACUAAGCUUCAAUGGCUCAUUCUCAGGGGGUGCUCUUGCUUGAAGGAGAUGCCAAAUGUGAAAUCAUUUGUAGGUCUCAAAGUACUUGACAUGGCUGGUGUUUCUUCAUUGAUGACAUUUAAAGAUAAAAAUUUUGGAGAACUCAAGGAUCUUAGAGUGCUUGACUAUUCUCAUGCCAAAAUAGCACCUGCACCAUUUGUGCACAGUCUACAUAAGCUCACUAGACUCACACAUAUAGGUUGUUCUGAAAUAACCAGAGUUCCUCACUUUGACCAGUUGUCCCAAAUCCAAAUUCUUGAGCUCUCUGGUGCUACAAAGUUGGUGGAAUUUUAUGUCAAAAGCUUGCAAAACAAAAGUUUCCUUCGAAUCCUUGACCUGUCUAAAACCAACAUCAAACAAUUGCCUCCAAGUUUUAGUGACCUACCUAGACUUGAGAAGCUUGAUCUCUCUGAUAUGUCAUCUUUGAAUGAUUUGACAAAUGUUAGCUUCAGCCAGUUCAGAUGCCUCCAAAUUUUUAACUUGUCAAAUACUCCUAUUAAAACACUUCCCUCACUUUCCAACCUUAGUAACCUUCGAGAGCUCAUUCUCACCAACUGUAUGCAAUUGGAAAAGCUUCCAGAAAUGGAAGGACUUACAAAUCUUGAGAAACUUGAUGUUUCAGGUGCCACUGCAUUGAAGGAAGUACUAGAUGAACGGUUGGAGACGUCAAAGUUGCGCAUGCUUCUAAUGAAAAACUGUGGGAAUCUUGAGAAGUUUCCAAGUUUGAAAGCCUUUGAACAUCUUGAAGAGUUGGAUCUUUCAGGUUGUAAGAAACUAGAAAUGAAUAACCAAUCCUUCGAGGGAUUGACUCAACUUCAGAUACUCGACCUCUCUGAAACAAAGAUUCAAAACUUGUCUUCUGUUUCCAGUCCAGAGCUUCGUCAACUUGUACUGUCAAAUUGUGUCGAGUUGGUAAAACUUCCAACUUUGAGUUCAUCAUCAAAACUUGAGGAAAUCAACUUGAGCGGUGCAAAGAAGUUAUUGCAAGCAGGAUUACCAUUCAAUGAUAUGAAAGAGCUUCAGUCUCUUGACCUUUCUGAGACAUCCAUUUCUUUGACAUCCAACUUUUCCCAAUGUACCAAUUUGAAGAAGCUAUCUUUACGCAAGUGUGUCUUUGUUGGAUCAAAGCCAGAGUUGGAGAACCUUGAAUUGCUUGAGGUUUUAGAUCUUUCAGAUACUACAUUUGUUGCUGGCCAAUCAUCUACUCAGAAAUCCAAUGAAGCCUUCAAAUUAUAUGGGAGUCAAAUUGAAAAACUUUUGAAGUUAACUGAUCUUGAUCUCAGGGGGACUCAACUCCAAAACUUCCCGUAUUGGAUCUCAAAAUUGAAGAACUUGAACAAGCUUCGGCUCCCGAAUUUGGACACCUUUAAAGAAGUCAACUGGGGUCAGAUCAAGCGUCUACCAAAUGAUUUGAAUUGGGAAGAAUGUGGUAUCUUCAACUUGGAUGCUAAGAAUACAGAAACUCCAUCAAUCUCAAUCAACGGUACGAAAAUGUUCAAUGCUUUAAUGAAAAAAAUUGACGAAUUGGACAAUAACUCCAAGAACAUUUGUAUUUUUGUUUGCCCUUUAAACAAAAAUGGUGAAGAUGAAGAAAUCUAUCGUGAAAGAGAUGACAGUUUCUUCAAAAACCUGUACUUGAAGAAUAUUUGUUGUCCUGAUAUUUUUGAGAAGUUUCUAGAGAUCAGGGGAUUUGAAACUCGUCCUAAUGAAAUUGAUGAUGCGGCUUUGAUGAAAUUUGAUUGUUUGUGUUUCAUUGAAGAUGAUUACGUAACUUGUGUGGCAGACGUUGGAGGUAAAACAGAGAAAUUGACAAGCUUGUGGCUGGAAAGGUGUUCCAAAAUAGAGUUCAUAUUUAGUCAAGACAAACAUGUCACAGUGAGUAAAAACUUUAAUCUUUUAUGGGUUUCAAACCUUCCCAACUUGACAGAUUUGUACAUCAAGAACGUGGAAGAUGAUCAGAUCAAGAACCUUAAGCAGUUGUAUCUAGACUGCUGCCCUAAGCUUCAACAUCUCUUCACCAAUCCAGACCAACUACCAGAAAGCCUUGAGAAGCUCCAAGUCAAGUUCUGUGACAAGUUGGAGAAUUUGUUUAAAUUUGAUUCUUUUGAGGAUAAAGAAUUGAAGAACUUGAAGGAAUUGCAUCUCUUAGAACUUCCUGAGUUGAUUGGUGUUGGGAUUAAGUUUCCUUGUUUGAAAAAGGCAAAAGUCAAAGGUUGCCCAAAGCUAGAGCAAUCUAAGUUCAUAAAUGGCCUUGGACUGGAUAUAACUAAAACAAUCGGACUUACUCAUGUCAUGGAAGAUCCUAAAACUGGGAAGAUUACUAAAGAGACAACCAAGUAUCGGAGAUCUGAGGGAGAAACAAGUCGUGCAAAUAAGUAAUUUACUUGUGUGCAUGGAUAGAUAAUAAGACUAUCUGAAGUGUGUGAAAAUAAGUGAAGAUUUGGUGUUAUUGGGUGUUUUGAAAGUGUGUGUGUGUGUGAAACUUAUGUGAAAUAAGAUAUGAGUGUGAUCAUUACCAUUGGUUUGCUCAAAGUGUUUUAAUAUUUGUUGCUUAUUGUGUAAUAUAGUUAGGGCCCGUUUGGUAUGUAGGGCUAGAAUAGAUUAGAUAGGCUAGCUAAUUUGUCUAGUCCAGUAUUUGGGCAUGAUGAAAGUCUGGAUAACUAAUCCAACUAAUCCCAUCUGUCUAGAAUUAUUUAUCCCAUUUGGCAGGGUGGGAUAAAUAAUACCAUAUUGGUGAAAAAAAAUUUAUCGUUUUUU